UGAGCAUCCUCCCAGCCUCGCGCCGAUGGUCUGUGGUGGGAAAUAGGGCUGGAAAAGGGCUCUGUGAUCCCGCAGGCACCGUGUGCCGCCCCUGGGAGCAGGAUCCCACCAGCAUCGCCUCCCUCCAGGGAGCAGGGCUGGGCACCCACGGGUGCUGCAGCCAUCGCUGGGCACCGAUGCCACGGGGAGAUCCUUACGGAAAGGGGAGGAAAAACACCAGAAACGGGCAGCAGAGGGGAAAGAGGCACAAAACCGUGAUGUUCCCAUCAGCGCCGGCCGCACGCCUGAUAGCUGCUCCAGCGCCGGCAGAUGCAGGUUAUUGCGUAUUGAUCGCUGCGGCGCCCAGCCAGGCAGCGCUGCAGGCACGGCCUCAUCCAGCACUGUGAGGUGUGUCUCCAUCCCCUGUCCCCUGGGGUGGCCGGGGACAUCCUUGUCCCCAUCACAGCACAGAGCUGGGGGUGGUUUUUGGCUGGAGGGGAGGCAUUGGGGGUUUAACGUCUCCUGGGAAGAGGCUGAGUUGUGUGGGGAGAAAACAUCCCGGCAGGAUGCUCGGAGGUAGGACGGGGCGGGAUGGGACCGCUGGCAUCUUUUCUCCCUGCCCUGCGAGUGACUAUUCAUUUCAAUUUUCAAAAUAUGUAUGUAACAGCCUGGAAAAAAUGGAAAGGAAAAGUUGGCACAGAGCAGCCCGAUCGUAUUUAAACAGGACAUUAAACCCCAAGUGUUUUAUUAAUAAGAUUAAUAACCACUCGGACGUGGCUGGCUGGGAAAUUUCGCACAUUUUUUGCAUUUCACUCUGUGGGAGAAGGAGAUUUGGGGGAGAAAACGCCAAUUGCCCAUCCGCCUGCACCCAGGCAGGGGCUGUGGUGGGGACGCAGCGCUCCCUGCAGAGGUACCCAAAGCCCCCCAGCUUUAGGGGAUUGUGGGUGCCCUUGGGAUCCCACACCUGCACCUUUUGCCUUAUUAUUCAGGAUUAUUAUAUUUUCCUAGCGGGUGCAUGGUGCCGUGGGCACGGGGACCCUCUCUGGGGUGAGGUUUCCCUGUGCUCCACCAGGGACCCAAUGCCGGGAGCCCCAAGGGACGCGGGGCUGUGCUGGGGUGCCCAGCACAGGGGCGACACGUCCCGGUGGUGCCGGGGGGGGUUUAGCAAACAGGAGCUUCAGGAGAGAGCUGAAGGAGGGUGGAUUUUGAGGGGUGAAUGCCAGAGGUGCUCUGAUGCCCCGAGGAACCAGAGGGGUAUUUGUGGGGUGUUGGGCUGGGACCCCACACAAGGGCAUCCCUGUGCAGAGGUGCUCCGGGCAGUUCCUGUCACCAGUUCUCCUGUCACUGGGCUGUGUCCCAGCACCCUCCUCAUCCUCACUGCCCACCCCGUGCCUCAUCCAGGCAGGAGACGCAGCCGCUGUGGCUGGCCCGGGUCACUGUCACCCACAGGGGACACAACCCGAGGCAGGGCAAGGACCAAGGUCGGAGUGCUGGCCUCCUGUUUGGCUCUCAGGCUAAUUGCCUUGAUUAGGGCUAAUUAGUGCUCCGGGCCAGUCUGGUCUCUUCGAUCAAUAGUGCAUCCCUUCCCCGCUGCACGUGCGCAGGGCAGAGCCAGGAGCUUGGGGACACUGAAAGGAGCCGGUGCCUUGGUUUGGUCUCCUGAGGGGGAAUGGAACACAAAAAGCUUUGGGGGAAGGGAUUUGAGAAGUGACGGGGCUGGGGCAUGGACCCCGUCCCCCUUUGUGGCUGUGGACAUGCAGGGAGCGGUG